GACAGUCGCUCGCGCUGUGCCACAUUCUCUAGCAGCAGUCAGUCAAAGCAGGGGACAGCCAGCAGCGGACAACGGGGGUUUUGGAUUUACGGAAUAAACCGUGGGCAUUAUAAAUCAAAUUUCCUGCCGCUGUGCGUCCAGCCUGCGUGGAAAGUGUCAGCAUGUCCAGUGAGAUGCAGCCGAGGCCGGACGACAGCCCCAACACCAGUGGGGGAAGCUCGGAUGCCGAGCAGAGGGAGGCAGCUCCUCCGGAGCAGCCUGGCCCUGAGCAGCGGGACCCGUCCCAGCCCAAGAAGAAGGAGGCCAAAAUCUCCAGCAAGACCGCCGCCAAGCUCUCCACCAGCGCCAAGAGGAUCCAGAAGGAGCUAGCAGAGAUAACCUUGGACCCGCCGCCAAAUUGCAGUGCUGGUCCUAAAGGAGACAACAUCUACGAAUGGAGGUCCACCAUCCUGGGCCCCCCUGGCUCUGUGUAUGAGGGAGGAGUAUUUUUCCUAGACAUCGCCUUCACGCCAGACUACCCCUUCAAACCGCCCAAGGUGACGUUCCGUACGAGGAUCUACCACUGCAACAUCAACAGUCAGGGAGUCAUCUGUCUGGACAUCCUGAAGGACAACUGGAGUCCCGCACUCACCAUCUCCAAGGUCCUUCUGUCCAUCUGCUCCCUGCUCACCGACUGCAACCCUGCUGACCCUCUGGUUGGAAGCAUCGCCACACAGUACCUGACCAACAGAGCUGAGCACGACAGGAUAGCCAAACAGUGGACCAAACGCUACGCUACAUAGACCAGCCCACUUCCCCAGGACCUCCCACUCAACCCACACUCAUGUAUGCACACACACCUCCAACACUUCCCCUCCUCUGGAAUCUAUGGAAGCACACCCACCCUGUCAUCCACCCCCCCCAACCCCCCCUCCCUGAGAUAUGAACUGUUAUUUGUUCCAUGCUGACUUGAAAAGCUUCUUUUUAUACAAAGAGUCUAUUGGGAUUGUAUUUUCCAAUACACUGAAUGUUGAUAUGGUCAUGAAAAGCUUUAUUACUGUUAACGUCGAUGUUGUUGUUCUUAUUGCAUUGUUUAUAACAUUGUCGCCACCCUUGUCGUCUUCUAUAUCUAAAUGUUUUAUUCCUGUUUUCAUGUGAUGUAAAAAUGUUCAUACUGAGUGAGUGCAUUUAGUUUUCUUUUUAUUGUUUGAUUUUUUUAUGCAGCUCAUGGUCAAUAUUAGUGCAUGGCAUCAGGACACGUGUUCAUGCAGCGGACAUGUAGUCGCAGUAAUUAUUUCUGUCCCAGCAGAAUUGUGGCAUGGAGUGAGCCCACCAUGAUGUAUGGCAAUAGUGGAUAGUUUGCUGUAGAUUUUAAUGCCUUGUGAGAAUACAUACUCAUUGAAUACUAAUUAAACACUGGCUGUAAUGUGA